AUGCUUCGUCUCCAGUCAAACUGGAGCAAAACCCUCUCCAGAGAGCUCACCUCCCGCAAGCAGGACUCGACCUGGCUGCUGGGGACAUGGACGCUGCCUGGAAUUGUCAGUCAGUGCCGGCAGGUCACCGAAACAAUUUUUUUCUGGAGAACUCUGUGGGUUUUGGGUUUUUUUUCCCCCUUUCUCUGCUUUCGAGGAAUCUUUGAGUAUGCCGACGGCCCCAAUACCCAGGUUAUGAGUGCUGAGGAGCAAGCCUUCAGAUUUUCUGCUAAUAUUAUUAACAGAAACAGAACUUUGUUGCCUAACACAACACUCACCUACGACAUUCAGAGGAUACACUUCCACGACAGCUUUGAAGCAACUAAGAAAGCCUGUGACCAGCUCGCUCUGGGGGUGGUAGCAAUAUUCGGACCUUCCCAAGGCUCCUGUACCAACGCCGUCCAGUCUAUCUGCAAUGCCCUGGAAGUCCCCCACAUACAGCUUCGAUGGAAGCAUCACCCUCUGGAUAACAAGGACACUUUCUAUGUCAACCUGUACCCCGACUAUGCUUCCCUCAGCCAUGCCAUCCUGGACCUCGUGCAGUAUUUGAAAUGGAGGUCAGCCACCGUGGUUUACGACGACAGUACAGGCCUGAUUCGGCUGCAAGAGCUCAUCAUGGCCCCAUCGCGGUACAACAUCCGGCUGAAAAUCCGCCAGCUCCCGCUGGACACCGACGACGCCCGGCCGCUGCUCAAGGAGAUGAAGCGGGGCAGGGAAUUCCGCAUCAUCUUUGACUGCAGUCAUCUGAUGGCAGCUCAGAUCCUCAAGCAGGCCAUGGCAAUGGGAAUGAUGACAGAAUACUACCACUUCAUCUUCACCACUCUGGAUCUUUAUGCAUUAGACCUAGAACCAUAUCGCUACUCUGGAGUGAACCUGACCGGCUUCCGGAUCCUCAACGUGGAGAACCCGCAUGUGUCCUCCAUCAUUGAGAAGUGGUCCAUGGAGCGGCUGCAGUCAGCGCCCAAGGCAGAGCUGGGACUGCUCGAUGGCGUGAUGAUGACAGACGCUGCCCUCUUGUACGACGCGGUGCACGUGGUCUCCGUCUGCUACCAGCGCGCCCCGCAGAUGACCGUGAACUCCCUGCAGUGCCAUCGGCACAAAGCCUGGAGGUUCGGCGGCCGCUUCAUGAAUUUUAUCAAAGAGGCCCAAUGGGAAGGAUUAACGGGACGAAUUGUCUUUAAUAAAACUAGUGGUUUACGGACGGAUUUUGAUUUGGAUAUCAUCAGCCUCAAAGAAGACGGUCUCGAAAAGGUUGGAGCGUGGAGCCCUUCUGACGGCUUGAACAUCACAGAAAUUUCCAAGGGACGAGGGCCCAAUGUCACAGACUCGCUGAGCAACAGAUCUCUGAUUGUCACCACUGUCCUGGAAGAGCCCUUUGUCAUGUUCCGUAAGUCCGACACGGCCCUGUUUGGGAAUGACCGCUUUGAGGGAUACUGCAUCGACCUCCUGAAGGAGCUGGCCAUCAUCCUGGGCUUCACCUACGAGAUCCGGCUGGUGGAGGACGGGAAGUACGGGGCGCAGGAUGAGAAGGGGCAGUGGAACGGCAUGAUCAAGGAGCUCAUCGACCACAAAGCUGACCUGGCCGUUGCUCCUCUCACCAUCACCCACGUGCGGGAGAAGGCGAUAGACUUCUCCAAGCCCUUUAUGACGCUGGGGGUCAGCAUCUUGUACCGGAAGCCCAACGGGACCAACCCCAGCGUGUUCUCCUUCCUCAACCCCCUGUCUCCUGACAUUUGGAUGUACAUCCUCCUCGCCUACCUGGGGGUCAGCUGCGUGCUGUUUGUCAUAGCCAGGUUCAGCCCAUACGAGUGGUACGAUGCUCAUCCCUGCAACCCCGGAUCAGACAUCGUGGAGAAUAACUUCACCCUAUUGAACAGCUUCUGGUUUGGGAUGGGAGCGCUGAUGCAGCAAGGCUCUGAGCUGAUGCCCAAAGCACUGUCUACACGGAUCAUUGGUGGCAUAUGGUGGUUCUUCACCCUAAUUAUCAUCUCGUCCUACACGGCCAACCUCGCUGCCUUCCUGACGGUGGAGAGGAUGGAAUCUCCCAUCGACUCGGCAGAUGACCUGGCAAAGCAGACAAAAAUAGAGUACGGGGCAGUGAAGGAUGGAGCUACUAUGACCUUCUUCAAGAAAUCCAAAAUUUCCACAUUUGAAAAAAUGUGGGCUUUCAUGAGCAGCAAGCCCACCGCACUUGUUAAAAACAACGAGGAAGGAAUCCAGCGAACGCUCACGGCCGAUUACGCCCUGCUGAUGGAGUCAACCACCAUCGAGUACAUCACCCAGAGGAACUGCAACCUCACGCAGAUCGGGGGGCUCAUCGAUUCCAAAGGCUACGGGAUCGGGACUCCCAUGGGGUCGCCGUACAGGGACAAGAUCACCAUUGCCAUCCUCCAGCUCCAGGAGGAGGACAAGCUCCAUGUAAUGAAGGAGAAGUGGUGGCGAGGGAAUGGCUGCCCUGAGGAUGAGAACAAGGAAGCCAGUGCUCUGGGCAUCCAAAACAUCGGUGGGAUCUUCAUUGUCUUGGCAGCAGGCUUGGUGCUCUCCGUCUUCGUGGCCAUGGUGGAGUUCAUCUACAAGCUGCGCAAAACGGCAGAGCGUGAGCAGCGCUCCUUCUGCAGCGCCAUGGCCGACGAGAUCCGGCUGUCGCUCACCUGCCAGCGACGGGUCAAACACAAGCCCCAGCCACCCGUCAUGGUGAAGACGGACGCCGUGAUCAACAUGCACACGUUCAACGACCGACGGCUGCCAGGGAAGGACAACAUGACCUGCAACACGGGAUUGACGCCUGUGUUUCCCUAGGGCACGGGAAUGGGGGAACGGGAGGGAAGGAAUUGCAGCAGACGAGGCUGGAUACAGUCUUAACUAGGAAGAAAGGAUUAAAAAACAAGAAAAAAACAGAAAAAAAAAAGC